CGCUCCUAUUGGUCAGAAACGCGGAAGUGACCGUGGAACGCUUCGCUAACAACAACACUGGUCUGAACUUUUGACUCCCGUCGAGAUUUGAAGAGGUUUUGAGUUCCUGUCAUGGCUUUACCGCCUCAGCUCAGAUCCAUCCAGCACCACCUGCGGACCGCGCAGGAGCACGAGAAGCGAGACCCGGUGGUCGCCUACUACUGUCGGCUGUAUGCUAUGCAGACGGGUAUGAAGCUGGACAGUAAAACACCAGAGUGCCGGAAGUUUUUGAUCAAGUUGAUGGACCAGCUGGAGACGAUGAAGAAGGAGCUGAGUGACAACGACUCCAUCACUCAGGAGGUGGUUGGCAACGCCCACAUUGAAAACUACGCCUUAAAGAUGUUCCUGUACGCCGACAACGAGGACCGAGGAGGACGAUUCCACAAAAACAUGAUCAAGUCUUUCUACACAUCCAGUCUGCUGAUGGAUGUCUUGUCGGUGUUUGGGGAGUUGUCAGAGGAGAAUAUCCAGCACAGGAAGUACGCCCGCUGGAAGGCCACCUACAUCCACAACUGUCUGAAGAAUGGGGAGACGCCUCAGGCCGGUCCCAUUGGCAUGGACGAGGACGAGGAAGCAGGUGAAUUUGGAGACGAAGGUUUCUCAGGGAUGGGCCCCUCCCACGGGGGCUCCUUCAGGGGAGGUCCUACUUCACAAUUUAACGAAGGCCAGGACCAGAGUUUGGGUCCGGGUCCCGCACCGGGUAUUGGCUUUACUCCCAGUCCAGGAUCGGGGCCUUCAGGUCCCCCAAAUACCAACUACAAUAACAUCCACAUCCCACCAGGGGCCCACGCACCGGCCAACACUCCAGCUGAGCUGCCGCCGCCUACAGGAGAAGCUGUGAAACCAGUGCCUACGCCUCGCUCCCUGCCCGCCGUCGACCCCUCCCUGCUCAGCGCCCAGCAGCAGGGCGGCGUCCAGCUCUCCCCCGAGGACUUCACCAAGGCCCAGAAGUACUGUAAGUACGCCGGCAGCGCCCUGCAGUACGAGGACGUGGCCACGGCCGUCCAGAACCUCCAGAAAGCCCUGAAGCUGCUCACCACCGGCAAAGAAUGAAGCCUUUGUCCUCCUGUCUCCCAAGCCCCACCCCACCCCACCCCCCCGAUCCUCACCCGGCCUUUUCUUUCUGAUCUGGACACACACUAACACAGUCUGUGGAGACGAGGACAUGAUGGACAUCACUUCAACAAUGACUGCCCCUGUGUCUCUAUGGAGGAUGAGUUCCUCCUGUUUCUAAAUAACACAAGAAGACGGAUGUUGGUCUUAGAUUAGCUUACCUUGGCUUCGCUUAGCAUAGCUUGGCUUAGGUUAGCUUAGCUUAGCAUAGCUUAGCAUCAAGCACUGGGAGCAUCGUCUCCAGACUCGUCCUCCAACAAAUGACUCAUGGAUUCAUCUCACUGAGCUGUUUCUCUUCUUCUCUAAUGUUUUACAUAUCACUGUCUCUGUGGGUCCUGGUCCUGGUCCCGGUCCCGGUCCUGGUCCCGGUCCAGGUCCUGUUCCUGGUCCCGUUCCUGGACCCGUUCCUGGACCCGUUUCUGGUCCUGGUCCCAUUUCUGGUCCUGGUCCCGUUCCUGGUCCUGGUCCUGGACCUGGACCUGGACCUGUUCCUGGUCCCGUUCCUGGUCCCGGUCCCGGUCCCGGUCCUGGUGGUGGUUUCUGAAUGUUUAACUUGUGUCAUUGAGGCUUCAGAGAUUUUUCUCCAGAAUGUGAGCGAUUCGAGGCCGUUUGAAUAAAAACUGUUAAAAGAGA